AUGGUCUGGCGCACCUUCGUGUCUUCCUCGUCGACUCCAUCGCCGUGUCUCUUCUCCCGUACCAGCGCUGUUCUCUCUACCAGGCUACCUUGUGUGCAUCUACUGCGUCAGAUCCAGUCCGGUGAUAUUGCACAUAAACUCUCUGCCCUUGGUCUGGGUAUAUCGGUAUUCGCAACACCCUACAUAAACUUCCUACCAAAUGAGCAUUGUUGUCAAAAGAUCUUGACAAUGGAAGCUAGAGCCACUGAGGUUCUAGCUGCACUGAAAAACCCCAACCUCUCCGUCGAGGCGAAAACACAACAGCUCACAAAGCUCAAGUCGGAAAUAAAACAGAAAAAUGUACCUGAGGUCGCCAUUUCCACCGUGUUUGAGGCCGUCCGCUAUGCGCUUGCAUCACAACACUCGUCUCUUUCCGCAGGGGGGUUCUCUGCCUUAGGCCAUCUCCUCAAGCGACUUUCCCUCCAAGAUCUCCAUCAGGCUAUCGCAGCUCAAGGCCGCUCCACUUACCCACUACUCCUUGAGCGAUUAGGUGACCAUAAAGAACGCGUUCGCUCACAGGCUGCCCAAGCCUUCAGUGACUUCUGGCAAUCUGCCCCCGUUGAAGUUGAGCACCAUGUCCUGGAAAUUGCGUUGGUGGGGAAGAAUCCUCGAGCAAAAGAAACUAGUAUGACAUGGCUAGCGACUAUGACUCGUAACCGUGGGCUGCUCUUCCGGACAUACGUGCCAAGCCUUGUCGCCUGCCUCGAGGAUGCUGAUAGUGGAGUCAGGGAAACUGCAAAAGCGACCGUUAUCGAUUUAUUCCAAAAUGCCCCUCCUCGAGCACUAUCGGAUUUGAAGAAACAACUUCAAUCACAUAAUGUGAGGAAAUCGAUAACCAACUCAAUCCUGUCUAGCAUUGGCGUCGAUCAAGAUCUUUCCUCUUCCAUGCAAUCCCAGCCAAGAUCUGAUAUCUUGAGACCCGAGAGCAGUUUCUCAAGCCACCGAGAACCUCAACGUCCCAACUCUGUUCUAUCAACCCGAUCUAUUUCGAACGGCGAAGCAGCAAGUAAGGAAGCUAGCAUGGCAUCAGAUUCUAUCCAUGGCGACCCCCCGAAACCUCCCCGAGGGGAUCCGCCGCGGAGAGAUGCAGUGUUAUCUCAUAGCGUCAGCGUCGAGUCUUUCCCCACUGUUGUUGGAAACGCCGAAAUUGUUGAAGUAGAAACUGUGGACCCGCUUUACCUCAAUUCUCAUCGAGAACUGGACGAAAUAUUUCGCGAAAUGCUGCCUUAUUUUGAAGGCAGGGAAUCGGAACAGAAUUGGAUCCUCCGUGAGAAAAGUAUUUUGAAAUUGCGGCGGAUAACAAAGGGCAAUGCCCCAACCGAUUUCCAACAUAAUUAUUUGGUUGGUAUCAAAAGUGUACUUGACGGUAUUCUAAAAGCCGUCAAUUCGUUGCGGACUACACUCUCAGCGGCCGGCUGUAGCUUAAUUCAAGAUAUUGCCCGAGCAAAUGGCCCAGCCAUUGAUCCAAUGGCUGAAGUUCUCUUGCAGAAUAUGAUUAAGGUGUGCGCAAGUCUGAAAAAAAUUAGCGCUCAAAACGGCAAUCUUACGGUGGAUGCUAUCAUCGGCAAUGUAUCCUACACGUCUAGAAUUGUGCAACAUCUUUGGCUUGCAUGUCAAGACAAAAAUGUUCAACCUAGGUUGUUUGUCACGGGUUGGAUACAAACUUUAAUCAUGAAGCACAGCGGGCAUAGAGGAUUGAUCGAACAUAGUGGGGGUGUUGAUGUCCUCGAGAAAUGUAUCAAAAAAGGACUGGGAGAUGCGAAUCCUGGAGUGAGAGAAAACAUGCGUUCAACUUUCUGGACUUUCGCGAGAAUGUGGGCUGAUAGAGCAGAAGGGAUCAUGUCCACAAUGGAUGCGAAGUCCAGGUCUCUUCUCGAAAGGGAUCCUGGAAAUCCAAAUCUUGAUGCUAAUUCCUUAAAUACCAACGGAAGACAGCGAACAGGCAUGGGCAAUAAUGGACCAGGGGGGGGCUCACGACUGACACUCAAGGAGACAAUCGCUGCCCAGAAAAAGGCUCGUUUGGCUGCAGCGAAAACAAUACCUGCUCGCCCGGAAUCUGCCCAAUCUGUUCAUAGCUCAUCCCAGCAGAAAUUAUCAAGCCCCUCAGGAAGCCCCCAAAAACCUAGGAGUAAGACCACAACAUCUACUCCAGGAAGAAGCAAUCCAACGCCUCUCCGUCCUAAGUCGAGACUUGACACUAGUGCGCCUGUAAGCACUGCGAAACCAAAACCCAAGCGACUUGACAUUGCUGGGCUUAAACCUGGCGAAGCCCGUUUAAUGGCAGGCCCCGCUGGUAAACCAAAUUACGCAUCUUCUGUGGAUCCCAAACCGCUAGCUGCAAGCCCAGCUAGGCCAGGGGAACAUCUACCUGUUGUUUUACUGCAGGAUGACAAUAAGAAUACGGAAAUUAGCUCUACCAGCUUUGCUUCGGAUGCCGAAGUUUUUACUGAAAACAAAACCGAUCUUAUGACAGAACUCCCUACACCUGGAUCUUUGGUGAUGUCCCAUGGUACCCCUUCAAGCCAUCGCCGUUUGAGCAGCAGCGACACCUCUGUUUCUCGCAUCCCAAUGUCACCACCUUUCCAACCAAAAGUCCAUUCAGAGGAAUGUUUGGCUGUGACGUCCAGCCCCAACAGAAACUGUUCCAACAAUAAUGAUAAUAUUGCGCCUAAGAAUGCUUCUGCUGGUCGAUUUUCUUUACCUAGCACUGAAGUUACCUAUUCUGGAGAAACCCUCAAGGUGUAUGAAGAUCCUCAGUCUCCAAAUGCGAAGGAAGAUGUUGCCCAUCCGGAACCAUUUGGAAUCUCUCCGAGGUCUCCUAUCAAAGCCAAUCCGCUUGAAGAACUCCCAAUUAAUGAACCGGCGAACACGCCAAAUCGAAAAUACAAUGGUCAACAGGAGCCCUCAGGUUUCUCACCUCCGACUAGCGUCGCUAUGCCUGCAAAUGAAAAUUUGCACCGGCGAUGGAAAAAAGUGGAGAUCUCAGAGAGGCGAAGAAGCCUAAGCCCUCGAUCCAAAGACCCAUCACGGGGGCGAGAUAUGAUUGAUAGGGGACUUAAUAAAAUUCGGACAGGGGCUAUCGAUGUGCAUGGAUACCGGAAGGUACAGAGUUUAAUCAAAUACCAUCAAUCAAUAUUUAAUGACGAAGCCAAGUAUGGUGAAACAUUAAUGGUGUUGUUAGACGCCCUCGAGGUGCCAGAUGCAGAUAAGAAAUCAGCAACCGGUCGACAAUUGGAUCUGAAGACACAAGUAUUAGUGACUAUUCGUUUGUUGUUCUCGAUGAAUCGUGGCUAUUUUUCGAAGUACUAUGCCAGAGCCAUGACGGCAAUUAUUACGGCACGCAAACACUACGAACUUACCAACCAUAUCGUCAGCGGUCUCGAGGAAACAGCUGAGGAUAUCGUUCAAGCAUGUGAGCCUGCAGAUGUCAUCGAUGCAAUCUUGGGUCUUCUCGAGUUCGAAGAGAAGUCCCCUGACAGCCAUCGCAUGAUUGCCAUGGGUGGAUAUAUCCUCAGCGGGCUCCUACGCCGGCUUAACGAAAAGAACCUAUUCCUCAGUGAGCCGGAGUUAGAACGACUUGGCAACUUCGCAAAUCAGAGCCUCAUGGAUCCCCAACCAGACAUUCGCCGAGCUGUGAUGGAGUUCUGCCUGGAGCUUCACGAAAUGGUCAAGCCGGAAGAAGCCUUUUGGCGCAUGAUUAAGUCUGAAGAGCAUCGUCCGUUGCUGACUUAUUACAUCGUGAGAAAGCCUGGAAGAUGA